AUGUAUUCCAUAUACAUCCAAGUAGUCAAGGCUCUCUACUAUCGCAUCAUAGGCUUGGGCUGGUAUUCAAGAGUUGGCGCUAGAGCUGGCACUGGAAGGUCUUCCUCUUUUACAUUGAACUCGUGCUCCUCCUCCUUUGCAUCCUCUUACUCUCAUUAUUAUAAAAAGGAUGUGGAAGGAAUUGUCAGUAUAGAAGGUGGAAAAGAUGACGGAGGAGCAGAAGCCUCAACCUCUUUAGAUGAAUUUUUAACUGGAGCCCUUCCUCAAGUAGCCUGGCCACCUGAUACUAGUGAUAAAGCUGCAACUUUUGGAACACAACCGGCCGCUAAAGUCGCCGGAACCACCGGGAAAUUGCCAGCCCUGCAAUCGGAGCCUGGCGCAGAAGCCGGAACUUCAACCUCCUUUUCUAAAUUUUUAGUUGGAAACAUCCUGGCUCAAGUAGCCUUGCCAGAGUUCUGUUAUGAGGCUAUACCAUUGAGAACUAGACCGGCGGAUAAGGAAGUCGAGAACUCCGCGACUAUAUCAGCCUUGCAAUCUGGUGCGGAAGUCGGAACCUCUGAUAUUUUCUCAAUGCUGGUGGCGUCGCAAUCGGAGUCCGGGAAAACCCCUGAAAGCCCACCGGGUUCGCCAUCGCUGCCUCCUCUGGAAGGACUAGAGUAGAGCCAUGAGCAAAAUUGUAAACAGAGGAUCGGAAAGUAGAGCAGAAGGAUUUCUAUGCAACUUUUUAAUUUGUUUGGGAUUGUCUACGGUCACGAGAAAAUCAACUAGCCG